AUGACCUUGCUAAAUCAUGAUUUCUCACCACAUGAUUUAGUGCAUAAAUCAUGUGUUGCCAGUGUCAUGUUGCGGACCGUUUGGCAAGGUACAAAUCUUAGUAUCAGGUUGGUAAAGGUUUUUCAUGUGGACCAUGAUAAAUUGGUUGUUUUGCGUGGGGGCUUGCUGAAGUUUACGGUUCGUGGCUUAUUUGGUGUAUGGUCGUGCUUGGUGUGA